UGAAGUGCCCUUAAGGAGCGCGCUCGUGUAGCGAAAACACGAAGACUGAGAGGGCGCCUUUUGUUCUUGCUCUAAUUGGACUAUUUGUUGUGUAAUCGAGGGGCUGCUCUGCGUGAGCUUUAACAGAAGGAAACUCGAGCCCCAGACGCGCGGCUCUAGCGGUUGUGUGUCUUCCCCUCUAACUCCCUUUCCUCCCCCCGCUUCCUUUCCCUCCUUCCUCCCGCUGAGCUGCUGUUGCCGCCUGUUUGCACUCGGCUUAUCCGGAGCGGAAAUUCCUUUCCGUUUUUGUGAAUGACAAACUCAUUAACAAUUCAUCAACACAACCUGUUCCAGCCGGCCCGUCUCCACGGCAACGGGCCUUCCGCGAGCGCUGAUUGGCUGAGCGAGAGAAUGUAUCCAUUGAGACGUUCCGUGUUUGUAUCCAUUGAGGAACUGCCUGGGGGAGAGAGUGAGUGAGUGAAAAGAGUGUGCAGGGCUGAUUAAAAGGGACAGACAUUGAUCACAUCAAGAAGACUUGGGAGAAGGAGGAAGAAGAAAAGAGGAGGAGAUUGGGGGCGUGAAGCAUGAUGUGAGAAGCAGGAACCCAGGCGACGGGAAGCUGCAUACGGGAGAGACAGGCAAAGCAGUCACGCAAGGCACCAGUGUAGGGUUCCUCUGUCGCUAGCUGUAUACUGAAAUGCACUUCCUUUUGCUGUGCGGAAGAAAGGCGUCCAAGCCCAUUUAACUGGAUUUUAUUACCGGGGUAGGGGAGAACCAGCGCUUAGGUUAGGGAGUUUCAUUCAGGGCUUCAUUGACAAUAAAUAAAUAAGAGGGGGUCCUAAUAGCCCGAGAGCGCUCUCGGCUCGCAACGCAGAGCUGCACUGUUGGGUCGGCGCUUCACUUCUUCCCGCUGGGGGUUCAACGAAGGCAGGGGAAGAGCGCGGUCUGAGUUUGGAGGCCGGGUUGAGCCUCGUUUCCGCGGCAGCCCCCGGGUGGCGGGUGUCGUGCGCCCGCUUUCCUUUGCCCUGCUCUGGUGGUUUGCGUGGCCCUUGCGAGAGGGGCGGCUUCCGAAGCACCCCACGGCCCCCCCUCCGGCUUCCCUCAUGCUAGAUACGCUCAGACCCGCCGUUCCUCCUUUCGUGUCGGACAUGGCGAUCUGUAAGACGGUGGCGUGGCUCAACGAGCAGCUGGAGCUGGGCAACGAGCGCCUGCUGCUGCUGGACUGUCGCCCGCAGGAGCUGUACGAGUCUUCGCACAUCGAGUCGGCCAUCAACGUGGCCCUGCCGGGCAUCAUGCUGCGGCGGCUGCAGAAGGGCAACCUGCCCCUCCGCUCCCUCUUCGCCAGCGGCGAGGAGGAGCGCGAGAAGUUCGUUCGCCGCUGCGGAACCGACACCGUCGUCCUCUACGACGAGAGCAGCAGCGACUGGAACGAGAACACGGCCGGGGACUCCGUCCUGGGGCUGCUGCUCAAGCGCCUGAAAGACGACGGCUGCAAGGCCUUCUAUCUGGAAGGUGGUUUCAGCAAGUUCCAGGCAGAGUAUGCCCUGCAUUGUGAAACUAACCUAGACAGUUCAUGUAGCAGCAGUUCUCCCCCUUUGCCAGUCUUGGGCUUGGGUGGCCUCCGAAUCAGCUCCGACUCCUCUUCAGACAUUGAAUCCGACAUUGACAGAGAUCCUAACAGUGCCACCGACUCCGACGGCAGCCCCUUGUCCAACAACCAGCCUUCCUUCCCAGUGGAGAUCUUACCUUACCUCUACCUGGGCUGUGCCAAGGAUUCCACUAACUUGGAUGUUCUCGAAGAGUUUGGCAUUAAAUACAUCUUGAAUGUCACCCCCAACCUGCCCAAUCUCUUUGAGAAUGCUGGGGAAUUUAAAUACAAGCAGAUCCCCAUCUCUGACCACUGGAGCCAAAACUUGUCUCAAUUCUUUCCUGAGGCCAUCUCUUUCAUAGAUGAAGCUCGUGGGAAAAACUGUGGUGUGCUUGUGCAUUGCCUGGCAGGGAUCAGUCGUUCUGUCACCGUGACGGUUGCAUACCUGAUGCAAAAGCUCAACUUGUCCAUGAACGACGCCUAUGACAUUGUCAAGAUGAAGAAGUCCAACAUCUCACCCAAUUUCAACUUCAUGGGACAGCUACUGGACUUUGAGAGGACUCUGGGACUGAACAGCCCCUGUGAUAACCGUGUGCCCAGCCAGCAGCUGUAUUUCACCACCCCUUCCAACCAAAAUGUCUUCCAGGUGGACUCCUUGCAGUCCACGUGAGUGCCAGCCAGUUCCAAACUCUUCCAAUUCUUGGGCCGUGUGAUCAUUCCUCAGUGCUUUUCUUUGACAGCAGCAAAGAAAUACAGCUCUUUUGUGGGCGCUGCUUUUGAGCAGUGGUUGGCCCUGUGUGCUCCAAAUAAAAGGUUACAAAGUCUAGAUCGGCUAUUGCAAAGGAAGGGUACUUGCUGAGUUCUCCAGGAAAAGCAACCAGAAAAUUUUCAGACUUUGCUUGUAGGUAGACAGCAUAUUUUUGCUUGAUGCACAAACAGCCACCUAUGCAGUGACUUGGAACUGAGGACUUCCAAACACAUUUAGGGGGAGAAUGGGAACUAUGAGGACAUGUUCUUGAGUAAGACUGGGAGAAAUAUAUUCAGUGCAUUUGUAAUAUAUUGUGUUGUCUUCAGUGAAGACUAAUUGUGGUCCCCCUGCUCUAUUUUGAUUUAGAGGAGCCAAAGAGAGGUUUCAACUCAAAUGUAUUUGGAAUUUUUGUUUGCUAAGAGCAUUGUAAUGCUUGGUUUGACUGAUGUAAAUGUUUUAAAUCGGAAUCAAUAAGCAACAUCAGUUUAGGUACAAGAGGUCAACCCAAGGGGUGUCAUUUUUCUCUGUUCUUCAGUAAUUCUUUUUUUAUUAUUAUGCAAAAGAUACAUUUGCAGCAUGCUUAAUUUUACUAUUGAAAUGAGGUAAACUUUCUUCCUUGGUUAGAAAAUGAAUGUCUAUGCUUUGAAGUUUGUUUCUUUGCAUUUUGUGAAUGGAUAACGUCUAUCUUUGUAGUGACUAUUCCCCCCCCUUUUGGGGUGCCAUCAACAUAGGGUCUCAUUAUGACUUGUUUGCCUUACCUUUUGUAAAUAGCUUAGCUUGCAUUUUUUUUUUGGGGGGGGGAGAGAGUUAUGUCUUCAAACAGAAGAAUUGUUUUGUAAAUUCUCAAAUUUUAAAAAUUGAUAUGUGCUAAACAGUGCAUUACCUCUGUACAAACUCUUCAGGGAGCUUCACCUCAAAUGCAAUAUCUUGCAUUUAUUUUUGUAUAAAACUGGAAGUGUGUGUGUGUGAGCAUGUGUACCUGUGUAAUAGGCAAGAAGGUCUUGCACAUGAUUGUCAAUAAGGGAGAGUCUUUCAUUUGCCAGUGUAAAAGUUGGGAUUUUAUUCUAAGAAUGUUGAGAUCAUAAAUUAUUAAUAAAUAAUAUUUUUGGCUAUUUGAGAA